AUUCCUAACAUUGUCGCGAGAUUUGACAGCACGAGAAAGCGCAUGGCGCUGCGCGUGCUGUGAAUGAAGGACAAACAUAAGCUGUAAUUCUAUCUGCUGACAGACUGAACAGUGUCCGACUACAAUUAUGGAGGAUUCCUCAAAGUUUGAGCGAUAUGUGUACAAAAAUGCUUCAGUUUACCAUUAUAUGAAGAUAUCUCUAGUUUUGGAAAAAGAAAACCGAAAUAUUUCUGAUGCACAGUUCAAGCAAUUGAUUAUCAGUGGCGUUAAGGACUUGUAUGGCGAGAUUGGCGCUUCUUUUCCGUUUGAUCUGCUAAAGUUUGAUCCAAAGGAGUUGACCGGUAUACUACGAGUAUACAACAGCGGGCUGGUGAAACUGUGGAGUGCUUUAACAUUACUGGGAUCCUAUCAAAAUGAGGCAUGCGCAUUCAGAGUCACACAGGUGUCACCGUUUUUGUUAGCAUUGUCCGGGAAUAGUCGUGAGCUGCAGUUUGGAGAUCGGUGAGGUGGGCCUACAUAAAAAUACCUUGGGGGGAAAAAAUGACAUUUCUUUUAAGAAGAAGGAUUUUCAGCAGAACUGUAUACCAUGUUGUCAAUUCAGCACUGACGGUUCCUGCAUCCUCCACAACAGGGCACAGGUCGCUUUACGUCGGUGAACAGGCCUCGCUAAGCAAAACAUUCAGUGCCAGAGACGUUGCACUUUUUGCUGAGCUGACAGGGGACACAAAUCCUCUCCAUGUCGACCCGGAGUACGCCAAAACCACCUCUUUUGAGACCCCCAUUGUUCACGGAGUGCUGAUUAAUGGUCUGAUCUCAGCAGUUCUCGGGACGAAGUUACCCGGUAAAGGCUGCGUGUUUCUCUACCAGGAAAUACGCUUCCCAGCGCCGCUCUUCAUCGGAGAGGAGGUUGUGGCGGAAGCAAAGGUCAAAAAGAUCAAAAUGUCCUUCGCUUUUAUUUCUGUUUCCUGCGCUGCCAAAGACAAAGUAGUCAUGGAGGGAGAGGUCAUGGUCAUGAUGCCGCAGAACCAACAACAAGCAUGAGGAAUUUUGAGUUUUCGUGUGCUGCCAGGAGUUAAAUGUUCCUUCUUUGAUUAUUUUUGUUCUUGCUCAGAGAUUUAAUGCUCAUUUUGGUUUUGGGUUAAAGUUUAAAUAAACUUUACGUGAUUAAAUAUAUUAGCUCUUUGGUGUGGGAAAUAACUUUGUGUGUCUAAUGUAAACGAGGAGAUUAUUUUCAGAUCUCUUCAAACAGUUAUUUACAGGGUUCAUACGGUCAUGGAAAACCUGGAAAAGUCAAGAAAUUUUGACAUGGCAUCUUCCAGGCCUGGAAAAGUUUUGUGAAAGUCAUGGAAAUUAGUGGAAGAAAUAUCUGUAUGCUUGAAAAUGGGUUAGUUGUCCUUCUUUUUUUUUCUUUUUUUUUUUAAAGCAUGCUCUCACAUUAUUAGUGCUGUGUCUUUAAGCAGUAUCUAAAUAAAUUUUACAUAGAUAUAAAAAUUAAUUGAAACUAAA